CUGCGCCUCUCACUUUGUUUUGUUUCCUUUUUUUCUAUCGAUAUUCUCUACAAGGCUGCCUAUUUAUUAAGCCACCAAACCUCACGAUGUCUACUCAGACCCCUCCCACGCCGAAGGGCCAGCGGAACGGUCGACGUCAGCAGAAGAAGAACUUCACUCCUUCUCAGCCAAAGUCGAUCCCUCUGAGAACUCCUCCAGCCUCACCGCCUCAAACCUCUAGUCCCGGAAUAGUGGCCGCCGAUUAUCGAAACGACAUCAACGGAGCUGCCUCCAAGAAGAAGAACAACGGACGGUCUGCAAAGAAACAACGGGACUUUUCCAAACCACCCAGCUCUCCUGCUCCCAAUCGGCCCAACGGUCACCGCCAUACCUCCUCUCAACCCAACGUCGUUUCUCCCUCUCAGCUCAAGGACAGCCCGCAUUAUGCUGGCCCGACAUUCCAUGCAUCUCCGGCACCCUCUGCCCUUCCGAUGCCCAGUUUCUUCUCCAAAUCGGUGCCUGACUCGGAUCUUGCUCCUCCUCUAGAAUUAGACGCUGAUUCCCCCGAAUUGGACCAUGUGACCGAAGCUACCCCGUCCAAACCAAAGCCACGGAACCCUUGCAGCGACGAAGGACGGGAGUCGUCGCCGCUUGACUUCUUGUUUAAAGCUGCCGUCGAAGCUAGGGAGAGAUCCCAGCGCAGUCCGGAAGCUUACAAGGGUCAAGGCUCUCCGUAUAACUCUUAUUCAAACGCGUAUCCAGCUCAGAGGACGCCAGAUGCCUCUUCCGGAGGCAUUUUCCCGCUUGAGCUGGAAGGCUCUGAAUCGCACUCUAUGGCUAUAGGUCCUUCUUUUGCUACACCUUACCGUGAUCGGAUGAAUGCGCUCCGAUCUGGCGAGUCGCCUUCGCAAUCAGCAGCUGAUCUUGACGAAGCUCAACGACGGGCGAAGACCCAAGCUUUGAAGAAUUUGUUACUCAAUCCUCGUCCUCAGCGUCCUGCAUCUGCUUCACCUUUCGUACGCACGCAACCCAACGUGCCGAAUGGCCCGUCAACCCUCAGCCCAAAUGCUGGUCACCGCAAUGGGCCUAUCCGAACUACCUCAGGUCCACCGACGCCGGUAUCUUUCUCAAAUUACGAUCCGAACAAAACUAAUACGGCAUAUGGCUCGCCAAAUGGCGUUCGGUAUCAGUAUAUGCCUUCGCUUUCAGGCAGCGCUCAGAAAAACCGCGCUUCUUCCUCUGCUCUACGGCGCGAAGUGACGCCUCCCAGAGCGGCGAAUUCGGUAAUGCUCUCAUCCGGAGCCUCUCCAUCACCAGCACCCUCUAAUAAAGCUGGUUACCUUAAUAAUCGCGGAAGCCCAUACGCAUACGGAUAUGGGUCUCCCACAGCUCCGCGGGCUGUCCCUUCUCGCGAUGCAUCUUCCAACCCCUCCACGAACGGUUCCACGAAGCUGGAUACCAAGAGGAUGGAGGACGAUCUUCGGAGAAUCCUGAAACUCGACAUGGCCAGUGGCCUCCGUUCAAAUGAGGUCCAGAGUUCCCUUGCAUAAUAGAGCCCUCUCGCAUAAUUGUUUUGUCAUUCCUUGACUGCAGGAAGCGUCCUCGGAGUUAUGUUUGGAGGCGGCCUUUUCUGUUCACGGGUUUGUGCAUCAACUGGGAUGGAUUCUGUUGGGAAUACUCCUGUUGUCCUUCCUUAUUCCCUUUCUUUGCUGUUCCGUCGGUCGUUCGUCUUUUCCCGGUUUGAUCUCUUGUCUUUCGGUCCUGCGGAGUCUCUACUUGACCUUCACUUAGGGAAAGGGCA